UUCGAUGAAACAAGCAAAUCAGGCUUGAGAAAUGGAUUCAACAGACCCACGGUGCGUACAUGCGCGAGCCAUCACAACAGGGGCCGCAAAAGCUAACCGUGCAGUGCUAAACAACCUCAUCACUCUCUACUCCAAAUCUGAUCUCCGGUCAGACGCCGCCCGUGUUUUCCGGUCAAUCCCAUCGCCCAAUGUCGUUUCAUGGACAGCCCUCACAUCUGCAUUCUCCAACUCACCACUUUCCUUUCAUCAUUUCAUUUCCAUGCUCCGUCACCCUUCAAGAAUCCUACCCAAUAGCCAUACUUUAACGUCCCUUCUCAAAACAUGCGCCACUCUUCCUGCACUCACCUUUGGGGCACAACUUCAUUCUCUUGCUGUCAAAUUGGGUUUCUCUUCAGAGCUGUUUACGGCGUCAGCUCUUGUGUCAUUGUAUUUUAAAACUGGGUUGUCGAAUAAUGCUAAGAAGGUGUUCGAUGAAAUGUCUGUGAGAGAUGAGGUUUGUUUCUCCUCGGUUAUUGUUGGGUUUGCUCAGAAUUAUAAGCCUAUUGAUGCUUUGUCGUGUUUUGUUGAAAUGAGGAGGAGUGGUAUGGCAUCUACUAUGGUUAGUGUUUCUGGGGCUUUGCGGGCGGGUUCUGACAUGGCUAUGCUUGAACAAUGUAGGAUUAUUCAUGGGCACGCGAUGGUAACAGGGCUUAAUUUGAAUGUUAUUGUAGGCAGUGCAUUGAUUGAUGGGUAUGGGAAAUGUGGGCUUGUGGGGAACGCUCGUGGAGUGUUUGAUGAGCUUGAAAUGGAACUCAAUAUUGUCGGGUGGAAUGCGAUGAUGGCAGGGCAUGCUCAACAAGGGGAACAUGGAAAUGUCAUAGAGCUUUUCACUUUAAUGGAAGAACGGGGAAUGGUACCAGAUGAGUACAGUUUCUUAGCUACUUUGACGGCAUUAUACAAUGCAGGUUUAGUUGAAGAGACUGAGAUAUGGUUCAAGAGGAUGACGGAAGAGUAUAGUUUGGAGCCGUGUCUUGAGCACUAUACGUGUUUGGUGGGUGCAUUGGGAAAAGCAGGACGUCUGGAGGAGGCAGAGCAAAUUGCUUUAACCAUGCCUUUUAAGCCAGAUGCAGCUUUAUGGCGAGUAUUAUUGUCUAAAUGUGCAUAUCAUGUGAAUAUGGAUAUUGCGUGGAGGAUGAGUGAUAGGUUGUUGGAGAUUAACCCAAUGGAUGAUUCAGCUUAUGUAAUUUUGGCUAAUGCUUAUGCAAGUGCAGGGAGGUGGGAUGAGGUGAGGGAGGUGUGGAAGAAAAUGAAGGAUAAGAAAGUGAGGAAGGAAGGUGGGAAGAGUUGGAUUGAAGCGCUGGGUGAGGUUCAUGUGUUUUUAGCUGGUGAUAGGAGGCAUGAGAGAACCAAUGAGAUUUAUGCUAAGUUAACAGAGUUGAUGGAGGAGAUUGAGAAACUGGGUUACGUGCCCGUAUGGACUGAAAUGUUGCAUGAAGUAGAAGAGAAGGAGAAGAAGAAAUCACUUUGGCAUCACAGUGAGAAGCUGGCAUUGGCAUUUGGAUUGUUGAAUGGAACAGCACCACCUGGUAAAGCUUUGCGGAUUGUGAAGAAUUUGAGAAUUUGCAGGGAUUGUCAUGAGGCAUUUAAGUAUAUUAGUAGACUUGUUGAUAGAGAGAUUAUAGUGCGGGAUGUUAAUAGAUACCAUAAGUUCUUGAAUGGAAGCUGCAAUUGUGGAGAUCAAUGGUAAGACUUUAUUGAGAAGAAAUCUGAG